AGCGAACCAGUGGAGCAAGGAUGCCGAUGAGACGGGGUUUUAUCUUUGUGGUGACCUUGCUCCUCGGCAGUCAUCUGCGACUUUUCUCUCUCCACUCUUCUUCUUCUGGUUCUUCUUCAUCAUCCUCAUCGUCUUCUCGCUCUCCAUCCUCCUGGAAAGGGUGGAUGGCGAGAUGAGGACUGUGAGCCACACACACUCUUGCCAGGGAAGUACAACGGCAGCAGCACGUGCUGAAGAAUCCUUGGGAGAUCAUUGAUUGUGGCCCCCCUCCAAACAACCACCUCGCACCCCCUCUUUUUUUACGAUCGGCCGGCAUGCAAUGGAGGACAGUGCCCUCGCUACUGCAGAAGCAGGGGGAUCAAUUGGAAUCACAGAGUAAUCUCGCAGGUCUGCGAGCGAGGCAUGCCCUGUGCUCGGUGUGAUUGAGUGGAGCCAUGGGGAACAAGCUGAGCUGUUCCUGCGCCCCGCUCAUACGGAAGGCCUACCGCUACGAAGACUCGCCCUGGCAGAAUGCCAGGAGACGAGACGGACACUUGCUCAGGCUUUGGGCGGAGGUGUUCCAUGUGAGUGCGACGAGUGGAGCCGUGAAGUGGCAACAGGUGUCCGAGGAUCUGGUGCCUGUCAAUAUCACCUGCAUCCAGGACAACCCGGAUUGUGUCUUCCACAUCACAGCAUACAACUCUCAGGUGGAAAAGAUACUUGACGUCCGCUUGGUGCAGCCAGGAACACGCUUGGGACAGGCUUCAGAAUGCUUUGUUUAUUGGAAAGAUCCUGCAACAGGAGAUACCUGGGGCUUGAAUUUUACUUCUCCAAUAGACGCAAAGCAAUUUCGAGAAUGUUGUUCGCCUUCUUUCAAAUUUUCGAGGAAAGCCUCAUCAUCCUAUUCUUUAAAAUUGGAGCCACCCAAGCAACAGAAAACGAAAGGAAAGCGGAAGCCACAAUCCACUCCCAGUUCCCCAUCCCGUAGCCGUGAGCUCCAGUGCACGUGUAUGACGGCCGAAAAUCUACACCGUGCACGCAAUGGCCGAGUCCGAUAUACAGGUGCCGCCACCCUACCUCGGGUGCAGCCCCGCUCUGUAGAUGACUACAAAAUUUCUUACGAUAACCGCAGCAGCCGCCAGCAGACACAUGCCUCUUCGACCUCUGUCUACGAUAACGCAUCGUUACGCAGAGGUACCACGACGGCUAGUGUCCACGGCGGCCAGAAGGGAAACCGUCUGGAACCAACUCCGACCUCACAGCAGCAGCAGACCACCGUUAAGACUUCCCUCCAGGAGAGGAUAUCGGAUGUUGGUGCCAGCUAUCAUCACCAGGACAGCAGACAGGGUAACAACCAAGCUCGUCAGUUGUAUGCCCAGUCUACGCGCAAAGAGCAGGCUAAGAGCAUUGAUUGCAGCUCCAUGUCUGAAAAGAAAGAUCGAUCCAGGCCUGAGGAACUUCAACCACAGUCGAGGAACAAAAGUAAAAGCUCGGACAAUGUAUUUGAACAGUCACAGGUGGAUGUUCCAGGUUUGAGUCUGGACAGUAAUACCCUAAAGCGAAUGCUGCACCCGCUUCCUUCCAACAGUUCUCCUGAUCGAGAUGCUGAGCUAAAGAGAAGACUGUUGAGGAAGCUAAAUAGUGACGAGUCAAGGGAUGCUAAUCGGAGUCGACAGCAUAGGUCUGAGACAGGAAGGCGAAGGAGUCUCGAAAGAAGUAUGUGCCUGGAUUUGCCAGACCCUGACCAGUCACCACCCUCCGACCAUUUCCUUUACGACAACCAAUGUUACGUCACCCCUCCCAAUUCCAGCAAUGAGAACAGCGAUGCGGACAGGCCCUAUGUCAGUUCGGAUGAAGGACCGGGCCAUUUCGCACCCACUCAUACACCGAGCUCUCCAACAAGUAGGCUACUGAUGGAAUACGAGAUGCAUUUACGGAACGCUUUAGCCAGAGGUCUGGAUGCAGAAAGUUAUAGCUUGCACACCUUUGAAGCCUUACUAAGCCAAAGUAUGGAAAAUGUCGUUGCUUUAAUGCGUGAGGUGCAUGCGGAGUUGGAAGCCAUCAGGCAAGAAGAGAGAAACAUCAGCACACUCGAUGGAAUGGUCGAUAGUGUUGAAAAAAGAGCAGCUUUGAGUGGCAAAUGCAGCACCCUACCAUUACCGCCUUUCAGUCGCCAUCCCGUGUUGACCUCCGGGGGUCUAUCUGCAGGGAGUUCAUUCGAAAUCAACCCACCGGCUUCUAUACCCCAGCAACCUUCCAUCGAGAGCACCGAUUCCCGCAUCUACCUCACUUCCUCAGAAAUCUCGGACGAUGACAGGCUUUCCCUGACCACUGCUUUGAGCGAGGAAGAAGAUGGAGAAGCCAGAAACUCUCCCUACAGAGCUCGAUCGGGGUCAGCUGCUGCCUCAUUCAACUGCACAGGGGCCGUCAGGAAAGCAGGAUUUCUAAGUGUCAAGAAGUGGCUCUUACGAAAGAAGCAACAGGUCGAGUUAGCUCGGAAACGAGGUUGGAAAGGCUAUUGGGUCUGCUUAAAAGGAACAACGCUGCUUUUCUAUCCUUGCGACAACAGAGACAACCGGGCUAUCGACACAGCUCCAAAGCAUCUGAUCAUAGUAGAUGGUGCGAUCAUGCAACCAAUACCAGAACAUCCAAAAAGGGAUUAUAUUUUUUGCCUCAGCACGGCGUUUGGGGAUGCUUACUUGUUUCAAGCCCCAUGCCAUGUUGAGCUUGAGAAUUGGGUGAACAGCAUACACUGCGCAUGCGCAGCUGCUUUCGCCAGACACCGGGGAAAGACGGGAACUCUUCACUUGCUCCAGGAAGAGAUUUUCCGCCUUGAAAAGGAAAUAGAAUCGGAUUUUAAGAUGAAGCAUAUGGCUGAGUUGCAGCUCACUGUUGUGGCGGAUGCGGAAAGCAAAGAGCAACUCAACAAUCAGAUUAGUCAAUAUGAGGAGAACAUGGAACGGUUGCACUGUGAGCAAUUCCGGUUGCGAUGUUACAUGUCCUCCUUGCAGAACGGCGAGCUUCCUAAUCCUAAGAGUCUGCUUCAGCAUGUAUCGAAAGCUACCAAGUCCACUUUGAACAAACUCGGAGUGUUCACCGUCUCUUCGUUCCAUGCCUACAUAUGUGCCCGGAGUCCCUCUCUGCUCACAAACCUCCUCUCCGGAAGGGGUGCGACUAAAAGGCGGUCCCUUUCCAGAUCCAACAGUGGGAGACGGUCUCUUAGUCUCUCAACAACAUCAAGUUGCAGUUUAGACUUGCCUUCAAUGCCUGAAAGAUCAAUAAAAAUACAAAUUCCUGACAACCAAACGGUAUCUACAACGUCUCUAAAUGUUAGAGACAAUAUGACGGUAGAAGAAGUUCUCUGGAGUGCCUGCGGAAAGAAACAGCUUUCUCCUAACGAUCAUUUCCUUAGAGCGAAAAAGAGGAAAGAUGUUGAUGAAUAUUUCGUUCCUCCAAGAAAUGAACUUAUAGAAAACUUAAUUAAUCAAUACGAAGUACUAGAAGUAUGUCCCAAAGUAUUAUACCAAGUGGAACUUAGCCGACACAGUCUCGAACAGCUGUUCGGUUUCAGCGUCGAAGCAGAAUUAGUUGAGAAUGUUGACCACCAAGAUGAGCUCUGUGUUUACGUCAGCAGAGUAGAAGAAAGCAGUCUAGCUCAUCAACAAGGGCUUAUGAAAGGCGACGAAAUCAUGGUGAUCAAUGGCGCCAUAGUCAGUGACUUGGACAUGAUGUACAUCGAAAGCGUGUUACAAGAAGAGCUGUCUCUGUGCAUGAUGAUGCGAUCUUCUCGGACGGAGCCACCAGAUCUGGCCAGUGCCAUGAGAACCACGACGGACGACUACAUUGAGUCCCUGGUGUGUCCUCCGCCGCCGGGCGAUUCAGUCAUUUCGGAGGACAUGAUUGGAAAACUCAUAGUUCCAUCCCCCAUGUGGUGCAAGGAGGGAGGCAAUUUGCUCAAAUCACAACAGUCAAGCUCGAUAGAGAGGUCCCCAGACACCUCUGGUCGGCCUACACCGUCUCCAGUUCCGAAUGCCGACACCUCAGCUCUCUCGGUCGAUCAGAUCGAUAGUAUCUUGAAGGUAAUUGAAGAUUCAUGCAGAAAGACUGCCGAUACAGUUACAGAAUAUUGUCGAGCUCCUUUGGAAAGACGCAGUUCUAGCUUAGGAGGUGCAAGUACUGUUAGUACUGGUUCAACUAACAUGCCUUUCAUACCAUCGAGGCAGUUGUCUGAUGGUGAAAAGUUAAGGAAAGUUAUAAUGGAACUCAUAGAUACUGAAAGAACUUACGUAAAGCACCUAAACAGUCUAUUGGAGCACUACCUAGAGCCAAUGAAGAAGGAGACCUUCCUCUCGAAUGCCGAAAUCAACGCUCUUUUCGGGAAUAUCCAGGAGAUUGUGCAGUUUCAAAGAGUUUUCCUCCAGAGCUUAGAAGAAGCGAUUUCCGCUGAACCGGACUUUGCUAAAUUCGAGCUUCCUUCCCAAUUCAAGAACGUAUUGUUCGCAUUGGGAAAUUCUUUUCUGUACUACGCAGAUCAGUUCAAGUUAUACAGUUCAUUUUGUGCUAGUCACUCGAAGGCUCAGAAAGUGCUUCAUCCAGGCGAGGGGAACGCGGCUCUCGUGGAGUUCAUGCAGUCUCGCAACCCUCGAGGCCAGCAUUCCUUCUCAUUGGAGUCCUACCUCAUCAAACCGAUUCAGAGAAUACUCAAGUACCCCUUGCUUCUGCAGCAGCUCAAGCACCUCACCGAUCCUACGUCGGAGGAGCACCAACAUCUUGCAGAGGCUUUGAAAGGUAUGGAACGGGUUGCAGAACAUAUUAACGAAAUGCAGCGGAUUCAUGAAGAGUACGGGGCUAUAUUUGAUCAUCUACAUCGACAGCAUUUGAAAUCAUCUAAACAGGUGGUGUAUUGCGAAAAUUUUCCAACAAUAUUGUUGAAUCACGUGGAUCUGAGCCCAGGUGAACUGCUUUUCUACGCUGGCGUAGAUUGGCUCAACAUUUCGGAAUUUUUAGGUAAAAUCAAAAAAGGUUUAGAACUUUAUGCAAUGUGCUUUGUAUUCAAGACGGCUGUAGUCUUCCUGUGCAAAGAGAAAAUACGGCAAAAGAAGAAACUUAUGGGAAGUUCAAACAAAAAUAGCACAUCUGAAGUAGAAAUCAUUCGAUAUCAAGUGUUGAUUCCUGUGACCGAGGUGCAAGUUAGGUCAAGCACGAUCAAAGACGGAGAGACUCACUUCCUGUGGGAGCUCAUACACCUCAAAUCUCAGCUGCAAAGAAGAUCCGAAAAAGUGUAUCAAUUGUCAAACAGCACGAGUGAGCUUAGGAACUCCUUCCUGCGAACCAUCCGACAGAUCAUUCGGGAAAGCGUGCGCAACAUGACCGUUCCUCCCACCAAGGUGAGUGGAGCCCGCGAGAAAUCGCCUCACUCCAAGAAAACCGACGGUCAGGGGAUGACCCGGACGCUCAGCUCCAAGAAGCGCUCCGCCCGACAUUCGCAGCGACAUUCUGCCGGUCACUUCGACCGGGAAUACCGAGAAUACACCGACGACAACGCAGAUGCUAACUUCCGGACUCGAAGCAGAACGGUGGCAGAUGGCAUGGAUGACAUGAUGAGUACCUCGGUCAGAGAUCUGCGGGGGCACUCACCUCUCACGCUGGAUUCGGAGAAGUCGGAACGGUCGGACAGAUCUGACAAAUCAGAUAAGUCCGACAAAUCGGACAAGUCUCAUGACAGUGGAGGCAGCGGUAAACUGAAGCCCGGAGGAAACCUUGGCGCGCCCAAGGCUCUCAGCCUGAGUGCGGCGUCUUCACUGUCCAAUUCCAGCAUGGGUAGCUCUUCGGCUAAGUUGAUCCAAUCGAGCAACCCGCCGAGCAGCUACCAGCCACCGACAGUGCAGGCCAGUUCUCCCAUCUGGAAGCCCAGGGAAAACUCCUUCGACAAGGCGUCGACCCUCCCAGCGAGUUAUAAAGGCAAAGAACAGGAAAGCACAAAGCAAUACUUUGUUUACGACGAAUACGGAUCUGCGCUGUAUGUCAUCCCACCGACAGUCCCCAAGAAGGAACAGCAGCAAGCGACAACCAUGUCGAGUAAGCAAUCGGACUGCUAGCGCAGGAAUCGUUAGUGCCAGAGUUGCCUUGUGUGAUAAGAAAACGGGAGAGUUAGGUCAUAUUUUUCGAAAGGUGAAAUAAAAAAAAUAAACGUUUUAGUCUCUUACAAAAAAUACCUGGUGCUCUAUAAUUCAAAAAAAUUGUAAAAAAUAAUAAUUAUUAAAAAAAAUUAAAUCUUUAAAUGUGGACCUUGUGUGACAGUUGUUUUUGUGUAAUUUGCACAGAGAAAAAAGUUUGGAGGUCACGGGGGGAAAAAUGGUUUUUAAAGUCAUAGGAGAAAUACGGGCGGAAUAUUUUUUAAAAUACCCACAGAGUUGUCUAUUUCCGCGAACGAAAAACGAAGGAGGUUUUAUUUAUCACUGCAUUUAUUCAACCAUAUCGCUCCUGUUUGUUCUCAGUCAUACUUGUGAACUGUUUAUGAAAUUUAGUCCAGUAACUUUGUAUUGUUGUACCUGACAUUGGUCAAUGAAAGAACUAUUUGAGCACUCAAAAUGAAAUAUAUAUAUAUAUAUCUACAUUCCUUGAGACUUUAUUGAUACUACUUUUGUCUCCAUAUCAUAGAAAAGAAAUGACUCAGUUAGAUUGUAAUGAUUCUAUUAUUAUUAUUAUUAAAGUGAACAACGCGGACAGUUGGUUCAUAGCUCAGUCAAAAAUAGUUUUAACGAUAUUCCUCUCUUUUGCAUGAGUAUUUAUUUAUCGUAGAUAGUGCUUGGUCGUAGUUCUUUUCACACUGUACAGUAGGCCUAUAUUGUAAAAAGAAAAACGGUCUCUUUAUCGUAAAUAAAAGGGUCACAGCUCAAAAGUAAACUGUUUGUAUCGGUGUUUUUCAAGCGAAGUACUGCGGAAAGUUGCUGUGCCUUGUCCAUUGAAUAGAAUUUUUUAAAUAAUUAUAACCAAUUUAGUGACCUCAUGGUUAAACUGGAAAGAAAAAUACCAUUCCGUCACAUUAGCAUUUGUAACUGCCUUCUCCAUAGACUGAAACUUUAAGAAAUUUCAUCGAAAAUAAAAUAAAAAAAAUAGAAAAUUCAAAAAAUGAUCUGAAAAUUGAAGAAUCUCUUCAGUUUCUGCCUACAUAUUUAUCUCAAUAGUCCUUCGAAUUCAAAUAAUUCGUUUAGCUCUUGAAUUUGUGAAUCUAUACAGAAAAUGAUAUUAUCCAAUAUAAAUUUAAUAUUUGUUAAAUUAUUAUAUCGUUAUUUAAAAAAAAAUUACUAUGCUUAACCGCAUAAAGAAGUUUGGAAAACACUGGAAUUGAUAAUGCUCGAUGUCUUUAUUCACAGUGCCCUGGAUGAAAUCAAAAGUUGACGUUUGUUUUAUUUGCUACAAGUUACCGUGUACAAGAAUGAGAGUUGAAUUCAACGGGUGACAUUUUUUUGUUUCGCGAGUCAGUGCUCCAGAUCCUAUCGGCAGCAUGCGAUUCCAAAGCAAGAUGGAAAGAAAAGAAAUACAUAGUGCGUAAGUAAUUGGUUAACGAUUUGAAUUUAUCCACCAUGUUAUUCAAGUAUAGAUCGAAUGCCUUUUCCUAUAAUUAGCAAUCCUCAACAACAAGUGCUCACAAAACAACUUCCACUGCGACAGAGGCAGUAGACUAGAGAUCGUCCUGGGAUGGUCGUUCGGAGUAUCCUAGACAAACCAUCUGUUCGGAUGGGGGAAAUAAUUAUGUACAUAUUUCGAUGCCUGUGUUUGUAUGUAAAUAACUAAAUAAACUAAUUAAAUAAUUAGUCUUAGAUCGUGAAUGAAAUGAUGAUGACACGUUUCCUGAAUGUAAUCGUGAUAACAACAACAAAAAAAAAAAAUGGUAGAUUUAGUUUUCAAACUGAAAAAAAAAAAGGCAGCUACAGUUAUAAUUAUAAAUUUAAGAAAUAAUAAAUUUGAAAACAAAUUUGAGUUGAUUAGCUCACGAGUGACGAUCCUCUUUAGAAGAAAGCCAAAGUAUAUUUAGUAGAUUUUGCUUAUAAAUAAUAUAUACACGCUGCUAAAUGAGAAAUUAACUCAGUUUGGAGAAUCUUUUACGCAGCAACACUUCUGUAUUUAAUGGAUUUCUUUUUUAAUAUAAAGCUGCUUCUGUAUUGUGACUAGAAUAAGAGAGAUUAAAAAAUAAUUAAGAGAAGUUUCGAGCAAAGAGAAUGUCUUAUUUUGGAUUUCUUUUAAUACCAUUUAUAAAGGUGCUGCAAGUUUUGCAACAUACCCUGCUUCGAAAUCAGAUCCCCAUAGAAGCUAGGAUAACUCGCAAGGCUUACCAUAAUGAUUUGUGGAAAUAAUGGUAUUUUAAUGUCAUCCGUUGUGUAUUUUACAAACUUGCUUAUUUUCUUAGAGAGUUUCACAUCCUAAAUUUAUUGCUUGGUUUGUGUGGCUGACGCUGUAUUUGUUGUGUAAAAGUACAAAGUUGUAGAUAUUCUUGCGUGUUUGUGUAUAUUAUUUAUAGAUAUAUACAUGUAUGCAUUUAUUAUAUGCAUACAUAUCUAUAUUUGUAAAUAUUUUCAUUUUCUUUUAUUUGCUUUGUUGUCUUCUUGUGUUCAAACUAUAUUCAGUGUUGUUGGUUGUUGACACUUUUACAAAAUAAAAAC